UACAUAUAGAUAUACCUUCAUAUAAAAGCUUAAUAAUAUAAAAAUAUGCAAUUGUCAAAGGAAACCGGAAUAAGUAACCUGUACAAAGACGUGUAUUGAACAAGUUUGUUUCGUGUUCAAAUGCAGGGCGAUAUAAUCAUGUGUGUGACUUCCGUGUGACAGUACCUCUACCGUCAGGGGGUUGGUGUGGUGUGCAAUCACAAUUCAGACUAGCAGUGAUAAGUAAAACAUGAACUCGAGAGGACAAUACCCUAGAAAAGGUCCAGUUGGCAGGGCAAGAUCCAGGAAAGAAGAAGAAUGUUCUAAUAUCCUUAGGGCAUCUUUUAUUAAUGAUAAGAAUCCUAGUACCCUGAGCCAAGGCCAAUUUAUGUCCAAAAGAUAUGACAGAGGUAAAGGAAACCAGUUCUGUACAGGUCGAGAAGAAGGUUCCGGAUCCCUUACAAGUCUCUGUAAUGAUGUACGGAGUACAAGAUCCCUUACAAGCCUUGGUAACAAUGCACGUAAAACAAUAUCCCUUACAAGCCUCAAUGAUGCAGGUAGUGCUACGAGUAAAGGAUCUUUCAACUGCCACAGUAAUGACAAGUAUGCAAGUGUCAUGAAUAGAGGCAGAUUUAUGUCCAAAAGACAUGGUAGAGGUAAAACAUUUUCAGGUAUGAGUAACCCAUACAGUGCAAAUAGUGUACAGAGUGCAGGAUCCUUUACAGGCCUCGUUAAUGGUGCACAUAGUACACUGGGUAGAAGAACUCUUAAAAGCAUAAGCAAUGGCACUGUGGAUACAAGGUCCCAUAAAAGCUUUAGUAAUAGUGCAUCUAGUGCACCAGGUACAAGAUUCCGUACAAAAAUGACUGAAAGUACACAUACACAGGGUACAAGAUCCCUUAAAAGUCUUAGUAAUGAUACAUGUUUGGAGAAAAGCAAACCAAAUACACUGGAUUUAAAAUCCAUAAAUGAACUCAAGUCUAAUGAAGUUGUACUAGAGAUUUUGCAGCACCCUUCAUGCUGGAAAGAUAUUGUUUCCAAAGAUGAUAUUAAAGAUGAUGUAAUACUCAGUCUGAUUGGUAUUUUAGCCCAUGCAGUGAAUACUAAACUUAACAAAGAAAAACUUUAUCAUCUUCUUUAUGAAACUUUACAAGAAAGAUUUGUUAACAAGCUUUGUACAUUCACUCUAACAGUAAAGAAAAUGAAUCCAGAAACAUCAUUUAAAUUUUUUGAUAAUUUGGCACUUGUGCUUGAAGUGUAUAGCCAGGCAUUGAUUAAUUCAGCUGUAGACAGGUUUCCAAGUUUGAUUGAUGCUUGUAUUGCUUCUCAAACUGUAUUGAAGCUAUCUCCUAAGCUUCUAGAAAGAUAUAAAUGUCUUCAAGAAAUGCUGUCACAAGUUAAGCUUGGUUUUAAAAAUAAUUACAGACAUCCUAAUGAAUUGAAUAUAUUCAAACUUAAUCCACCAACAGAUUUUGUCUUAAUAUCUGUAUAUCCAACAAAGGAAGAUUGGGAUGGCUAUGGCUGCUCAUUGUUGAGACCAAAUAUAACUAAAGGAAAAUAUGAAAGUUGUGGACACUAUUUGGAUGUUCAGUUUAGGUUAUUGAGAGAGGACUUCAUGAGACCACUACGUGAGGGUGUAACUGCAUAUAGGAAAGAUGCACAGUCCAAGAACCUGGAUGUCUGGGUAAAUAGAAAUGUAAGGAUCCUAAAACCAGACAUAAUGAAAAGGGAGUUAAUUCAUUAUGUUCAAUUCCAACUUCCCAAAAUGUUUAGUCCUCUUAAUUCUAAGCGCUUUAUGUUUGGAAAUUUGUUAUGCUUUAGUUGGAAUAACUUUGAGUCCAUAAUUAUAGCUACGAUUUUUGAUGCAGACUGCAAGAACUUGAAGCAGGGAAAAAUUGCUGUAAAAUUUGAAUCUAACACAGAACUUGAUUAUUCCAAAGAAUAUGUAAUGAUUGAGUCUAGAGCUUUCUUUUUGGCUUACAAGCAUGUCUUAACUGCUCUGAUAAAGAUGUGUGGAGAAGAAUUGCCUUUUUCGUCUUAUUUUGUACAUACUCAAACUGAUGUUGACCCUCCAGAUUACUUGACAAAUGAAGUCAAAUAUGAUCUGAGAGUGCUAAAAGAUGGAAGCUUGAUGCAGGCAAUGAAACCUCAAAAAUCUAGAUACAAUUACAGGACCCGGAGGAUAUUAUUACAGGACUCUCCCAGUAAUGCACUUGACUACCCUUGGUCUCACCUUCAGAGUGUGAGAGUAAUACAAGACUUGGAAUUGUGGCCAAGUGAAUCUGAUCUUGGAUUGGACACUUCUCAGCGCAAAGUUCUGAAACAUGCCCUCACCCGUGAACUGGUUAUCAUUCAAGGGCCUCCGGGUACGGGUAAAACCUUCAUUGGUCUUAAAAUAGCUCAAUUGCUCCUGCAUAAUAAUUUGUAUUCCCCAGGACCAAUUCUGGUAGUUUGUUUCACCAAUCAUGCACUGGAUCAGUUCUUAGAAGGUAUAAUGUCUUUCACAGAAAACAUUGUAAGAGUUGGAUCAAGAAUAAACAAUGAUAAAAUUCAAAAGUUCCAAGUAAACACACUUUUGAAAAUAAAAAAAUAUGAAAUGUAUCAUAAUAAUUAUAACAUCAGUGAUUUGCAUAAAGAAUUAGAUGGCCUAGAACGUAAAAUACGCUCUUUGAAAGUGUCAAUUAUGGAAUGUAUAGAGCCAAAGGGGAUCCUUUGUUUAGAGGAAUUAACAGCAUGUGGAAUUAUUCCAUGUCACCUACAAAGUCAAAUUGGAAAUUUUCACGGUGGACUAGUUGGAUGGCUUACGGCUGAACAAGAUUAUACAUCUGUAUGCCCUGCCCCUGAAGAUAUGGGGGCAGCUUUGGACAUUAGCACCAGUGACUCUGAUGACUGUAACGAAUUUUUUGAUGCUGUCUCGGAAUUUCCUGAAAUUAGUUGUGAGGAAGUAGACCUUAUGAAGGAUGUUCAAGAACUAAACAGAUUUGAGGAACAAUCCAGAAAAAUGGAAUUAUUUAAUGAUGUUCAAGAAGGUAAGAUUAAAGGUAGUAGCUUUCUUAAAUAUGCAUUAAAAAUUAAAUGUCUUUAUGUGAAAAUUGAAGAACUUGAAGAAAAACUAGAAGCUGAACCAAAAGAUAUUGUUUCAUUUAUAAAUUAUAACAUAAAUAUUGGUAGACUAGCAAAGGUGAAAGCAGGAUUAGCUGUGAAAAAUGUACCUCAAGCUACAAGAGGAGACAAGAUUGAGGAUUUGUUUACACUUGACUUCAAUUCACGCUGGCAGCUGUAUAGGUCAUGGCUCGAUGUACUAAUAGAAAACUUUAAAAUUAGACUAUCUAAGGCUGAAGAUAAAUAUAAAGAGACAUCUCUAGAACUUAAGGAAGUUUUGGACCAAAGGUACAUUGACAUCAUGAAGGAAUCAUCAGUUGUUGGAAUGACAACGACAGCAGCAGCUCAGCAUCAUGGUGUCAUGCAAGCUGUUGCACCUCCAGUAGUAAUUAUUGAAGAAGCUGCCGAAGUUCUGGAAUCGCAUGUUAUUACAUCACUAUCAGCCAACUGCAAGCAUUUAAUUAUGAUUGGUGACCACAAGCAGCUUCGUCCCAGCACAACGGUGCAUGAUUUAGCUACGAAAUUUGGUCUGGAUGUCUCUCUUUUUGAAAGGAUGAUUAAUAAUGGACUGCCGUAUGAUACACUAGAGUAUCAACAUCGGAUGCGGCCAAGUAUCUCCCGCCUGCUAGUGCCUGCCAUUUAUCCCGAGCUGAAGGACCACAAAUCUGUGAAUGAUUAUCCACAUGUUAGGGGUGUCUCGGGUGAUGUCUUCUUUGUCACUCAUAACAUUCCUCAAGAUAAGGGCGUUAGUAAUAAUACCCACAGAAAUACACAUGAAGCCAACUUUAUCAUGAGACUUUGCCAACACUUGAUAAUGCAAGAUUAUAAUCCAGCAGAUGUGACGAUUCUUACGCCUUAUUCAGGACAAUUUUUUCUUUUACGAGAGCUGCAGAGGAAAAAUAAAAGAUGUGAAGGUGUGAGAAUAUCUGUGGUGGAUAACUUUCAAGGUGAAGAAAAUAAAAUUAUCCUUUUAUCUCUGGUGCGCAGUAAUGAUGAAGGUAAAGUUGGAUUCCUGCGUAUUGACAACAGAGUGUGUGUGGCACUUUCAAGAGCCAAGCAUGGUCUCUAUGUUAUAGGCAAUAUGGACCUACUAAGUGCCUCAAGUAAUCUCUGGAAACAUGUUAAGGCUGAUCUUCUAAAAGAAGGCUCAUUGGGCCAUACACUUACACUUAAAUGCAAAAAUCAUCCUGGCAAUGUGAUCCAAGUGUCAUCACUCAAGGAUUUUGAGAAAAAGAGUCCACAAGGAGGAUGCUGGGAAUAUUGUGAAACUGUUCUCCCUAAAUGCGAUCAUAAAUGCCCAAGACAUUGUCAUGCAAAUGAUCCCAACCAUGAACGCUAUGAAUGUUUAUAUCCAUGUUCUAAACUGUGUGAGAGGGGUCACAUUUGUCCUCUACCAUGUUCAGUAAAAUGCCAGCCUUGUAAUGUUAUCAUGACUAAAUUAUUACCUUGUGGUCACAGACACGAACUUAAAUGUCAUGUUCUGCCUGAUGAACACAUGUGCAACGUUAUUGUUGAGAAAGAGCGGAAUAAAUGCAAACAUAAGAUUAAUGUACAAUGUCAUGAAGAUCCAGAUGAUAUGACAUGUCCAGAGGAUUGCAAUGCUAUGUUGCCCUGUGGUCACACAUGCAAGUUUAAAUGCCAUGGCAGUGAUCAUAGUCUAUUUAAAUGUAAAGAUAAAUGUGAGAAUCUUCUACAUUGUGGUCACAAGUGCCCAAAAAUAUGUUCUGAUAAAUGUGAUGGAUGUAAUAAACUAUGUGAGAAGAUAUUACCCUGUGGCCAUCCCUGUCAAAAACUUUGUUCAACAGAUUGUGGAAGAUGUAGGAGUAAAUGUGAGAAUCUCCUUCCUUGUGGCCACCCAUGUCCUCUGAGGUGCUCAGAUGAAUGUGGUGGGUGCACUGCCAAAUGUGAGAGGUUGCUCUCUUGCGGUCAUCACUGUCCUUUGAUAUGUUCUGAUAAAUGUGGCAGAUGUAACAAAGCAUGCGAGAAGAUUCUAUCGUGUGGUCACCCAUGCCCUUUGACAUGCCCUGAUAAAUGUGGAAGAUGCAACAAGAAAUGUACAAAUAUCUUGUUAUGUGGCCACCCAUGCCCUUUGACGUGUCCUGAUGAAUGUGGCAAAUGUAAAGAGAAAUGUGAGAAAAUGCUUCCAUGUGGUCAUCCAUGCCCUUUGAAAUGUCAGGAUAAAUGUGGCAGAUGUGAAGAGAAAUGCGAGAAGAUUUUGCCAUGUGGCCACCCAUGCCCACAAAAAUGUAGUUUUAAAUGUGGUGGAUGUGACGAGAAAUGUGAGAAAAUUCUUCCAUGUGGUCAUCCAUGCGCUUUGAAAUGUCAGGAUAAAUGUGGCAGAUGUGGAGAGAAAUGCGAGAAGAUUCUACCUUGUGGCCACCCAUGCCCACAAAAAUGUUCCAGUGACUGUGGUGGAUGUCGGCAAUUAAUUAAGAAGUCGUCGUCUGACUGUGGUCAUGAAGUCCAGGUGAAAUGCAGUGAACCAGCAACAUCAAAAUCUUGCUUAGGCAAAUGUCCAUUAUUACUGAAGUGUGGGCAUCCUUGUACAAAGCGGUGCUGUGAUCCUUGCACAGAACGCUGUCAACAAGAAGUCAACUAUGCAAGUUGUCCCUACAACCACAGCAUCACUAAGCCUUGCCACAUAUCUGACCAAAGGCCCACUGAAGCUACGUGGGGUUUCUGCAGAGCGCGUUGUGGUCAAGUAUUGCCCUGUGGUCACACCUGCCAAGGUUCUUGUGGGUUAUGCCGUCAGGGUCGUCUUCACCUUCCUUGUAUAAAGCGUUGUGAACGAAAGCUUGUAUGUGGUCAUAGGUGUCAAGAACUAUGUGGAACUGUGUGCCCACCAUGCCGGCAGGCUGUCAAGUGGUGUCCUCAUGUAUCCAAGAUGAUUUGCGGAGCACAGUUGCCCAUUUGUCGGAAACCAUGCUCUUCAACAUGCAAGCAUCACCAGUGUUCGAGUAAAUGCAGUGACAACUGUCCCAUACCACUGUGUCAGGAGCCAUGCUCAAACACUUUGAAGUGUGGUCACUUAUGCAUUGGGUUUUGUGGUGACCCUUGCCCACCACUUUGCCUCAUUUGCCAUGAUGCUGAGAAUGUUCCCGAGACUGAUAAUAAUACCAGGUACGUGCUGUUAGAGGACUGUGGACACGUUAUUGAAGUUAAAGCACUUGACGUGUGGAUGAUGAAGCAAAACGAUGCCAUUGGAUUAAAAACUUGUCCAAAGUGUGCAAACCCAAUUCACUACAAUCGACGUUACAAGAGGAUAAUACAAGGGAUGCACCAGGACUUGAGUAUUGUGAAACGAAUGUACAUGGACAAGAAACCAAAUAUCUCGAGUGUAAAUGUUACGAAUUCAUUAAGAGAUUUUAUGUCAGGGGACUACUUCUCCAAUGAGUUGUAUACCCUGAUGACUACCAUGAACAUGGCCCCAAACAAGAAGAGCUUUAAAAAGAGGUGGAUGCAAGAUGCUCCCAAAUUAAGCUACUCUGAAUUACGCUUAAUCGAUUUCAAGGCUAAAGUGCUAAAAAAAGCGUACAUGAUCAAAGCUCGUGUGAUGGAGCAUCAUUCUAGUCCACCAGAUUUAAUUGGAUUAUCACCCAAAGAUUUGGUUUUAAUGCUUUUUACAUUUAAAAGUAGAUUGUUUCCUCAACUAGAAACACUUGUUAAACGAGUAAUGGAAUUAAGAUGCCAUGAGGCUUCAGAAUUUAUUGAUGGCACAAGCUGUGAGCUCCAGCGUAUGCUGCUUCUACCUUCUUUCUGGUUAUUGGAAAAAAAAUGUCAAUCGGAUCCUGACACUCAAAUGAAAGAUGUCUAUGACAAACUCGUGGAACUAUUUAAUCCUAAGAACAAGUUUACAUAUCAGCAAGAAACUGAGGUUCUCAAACUCUUAAGGAAGUGUGGGGACGGUAGUUCUAAAUAUUUAAUUAUAUAUGAUAACAGAAGAGUUGGCACACAAAUGGGUGUUAAGAUGACCCAAGGUACAUGGUUUAAGUGUCAACAGGGUCACAUUUAUGCUACUGAAGUAAAGGACCAUAAAUGUUACAGGUGUGUGGGAAGAGGGUAUGAAAACAUGAAAUGACAUUAGAUUGAUGCUGUAUGAAAUUUCACAAACUAUACAAUAGAUAGAUUCACUGUUAGAAUAAAGAGUAACAAUCACUGAAACAGUAAUAAAUGAGUUCCAGAAUAAUUAUAUUUUACAAAGACUUCAGGAGCUGCAACUGAACUUCAAUUAUGAGAGUGCGUGGUUGGUGCCUCAGAUUAGCGUACGUAAUCCCGAGGUGUGUAGACAGCUUCAUAAUGGUGUGCCUUCUUACACCAUUAAUGUGACAUACAAAAAUUUACUGCACGAUAUAAAAUGAUCUAUAGUUUGAUUUUAUGUAAGAUGUUUGAAAUUGCUGAAACAAAAAAAAAAAAAAAAAAAAUUUUAGACUAAACUAUAAUUUUACAUUUUUACUAUAUUAAUAAUCUUUAUUCAUGAAUAAUGUUUAUUUUUUUGUUUUUACAAGUUUUGAUGAAUACCAUAUAAAUAAUAGAAUAAAGUUAGAAGUGGAUAUCUGCAGUUUUAAUAUGGAUAGAUUAGGUUAGCUUUGAGAAAUUAGAAUACCUACUAAAAUGUUAUAGUAUGAAGCAAAGCUGGUGAGAAGGUUCAACAAACUAUAAAGUGUUGGUAUUAGGCUAAGGUGGUGAGGAUGUUCAAUGAUAAGUUAUUAAUUAAAAUAUGAAGUAAUUGAGUUGUUAGCUGCAUUUCUUUAGCAUUACAUUGGUACUGAACAUGUAUUCAAUACUGCUAAUUGCAUAUGGAGGAGAAUGAGAGUAGACCUUCGUUUCUUUGAUGACCAAACCACACGCCAGAUAAUGAAGAAAUGACAAUGUUUCAGUCUGUGCUGGACCAUUAUCACAUAUAUCUUAACUCGGUCCAGGACGGACCGAAAUGUCGUUGCUUCUGCAUCCUCUGAUGUGUGAUUUCGUCAUCAUAUCUUCAGUCAUGUCAUCUUGACACAUCGCCUGCAUCUUCAUGUUAUUUUAAUUACUGCAGUGUAUAGUUUAUAUUUAAUGUCUUUAUAACCAGCAAAGUCAUUUUAUGUUUUAUUACAGUAAUUAUAAAUAUUAAUGGUAUCAAAAAUAAGCAUACAAUAGUAUUUCGUAAUAUGAUGUAAAGCCAAGACGGCUCCCCUUCAAAACUAAAAUAUUUAUAUAUAUAUAUAUGUACAUGUAACUUGUUCAUAUAUUAAAGUUGCAGAAGAAUUACCACGGUACACAAGUUGCAUUGGUACAUGUAUUUUUAAUUUACUUUUAAAACUCUACAUUUUGCUAAUAUAACUAAAGAAAGCAUGAAUCGAAGAACUAAAAUAUGAUUUAUGUUCCAGAAACAAAUUGUUGCACGUUUAUUUUGCACAAGGUCUGAGAAAAAUAUACUUUUGAAAUAAUUAGGAUUCUUAAAGUUCAUUAAUUUUCCAUUAUACUUAAUAUAGUUUCUAUACAGUAUGAUUUAGUCAUCACAAUUAUUAAAGAUAGAAUUAGGAUAGCUACUGUGUAAAUAAAUAACCAUAUUGGGCUUCAUUGAAGACAUUUUUUUGGCAUUACAAUAUACUUUAUUAUCUUAAUUUGCAAGUCUUUGAUGAUUUUGUUAAACUUUGAAUGACACAUUAACUAUGGAACUUGUAGCAACUAAUACUGUCCUAGAUGAAGCAAAUAUUGCCAGUAUUAUUUUAUGUAAUACUGUAUAGAUAGUAAAGAUUGUAUUUUAUAUUGAUUUAACUAGUGCAAAAUUUAAUAUAUAAAAUAUUUUCUAAAU